GGAAAAGUCUGUCAGACUCACUUGAGAGCUAGAAACCUGCUACGCGAGGCUAUUGGAAAAAAGUGAACACUCAAAGUCAUGGGCAAACUGUCUGUCUUGUUUUUUAUUUUGUUUUACACCAUUGGCAAUGCAGGUUCAGGAUCACAUUCUCUGUGGGCACUUGCAACAUAUAUCAACGGAGAGACGCCUUUCCCUGAGUUUACGGUUGUGGUGAUGUUAGAUGACGUUCAAGUGGGUUACUAUGACUCCAACAUGAAAGACUUUAUCUACAGGGGACAUAACCCAACGGACAAAAUACAUGAUGACGUAGCUCAGGACGGAGCUUAUGUAUUUGGAAUUAUAUACCAGAGCAUUAAAGAGAGAUCCUUUCACCUAAAGCACCAGUUGAAUCUCACGGAAGGUGUUCAAGUUCAGCAAAGAAUGUCUGGAUGUGAGAUGUUGGACAAUGGUGAACCAGCCCUGAUCAUGUUUAAGGAGACUUUUAAUGGCAUUUUUGUAGAUCAUGCGAUAUAUAACAGCAUGACACAUUUUACAUACGAUUCUGGGACACUACUUCUAGGAUAUUAUGGGAUAAGGCAAGCAUAUGAAAAAGCACUAUUUGAGAACGUUUUACUUCCCAUUUGCAUUAAAAACCUGAAGACAAUCCUGAAGAGAGAGAAGAAUGUUGUGAUGCGUAAAGUUCCUCCCAGACUCAGGUUGAUAAAGAAAGAGGUUUCUGGAGGGCUCCAGGUGAGCUGCCUGGCGUUUGGUUUCUACCCCCGCCACAUCAACCUGACCCUGCUGAGAGACGGCCAGCCAGUGGCAGAACAGGAGCUGACAGGGGGGGAGGUGCUGCCUAGUGGAGAUGGGACCUACCAGCUGAGGAAGAGUCUGGAGGUCAGUACUGAGGAGCUAAAGAAGAGACACAACUACACCUGUACUGCCUCUCACCUCAGUCUGGACAACAAGCUGGAUGUCAGUUGGGAGUCUGAGGCAGAGAGAGUUCACCUGUCCACCCUCUCAGUUCUACUGGUGAUGCUGAUUCUUAUUCUAUUGGGCAUUUUCAUUUGUGUCAAAAGGAGGUGGAGAUGCACUGCCUCCCAUCUGAAACUUGUCAACGUUGAUGCAAAAGCGUGAGAGGAAAUUAACCUGUCUUCAGUUUCUGAGACCUAAUAAAAUGUUGGGACACUGAUGCAGCUUUGUCAGUUCAGCUCAAUUCACAAUCAAAAUAUGACUGCCAGAGCACCUAUGAGGGCAAGUGUGAAUUAUUCUGCUAUUGGCGGUCAGUCUUCCCUUCCCCUCAACAAAGGACUGUAAAGGAUCAGUUUGGGGAGACUGUUGACAAAAACAAAUAUUGGGGCAUUAUUAGUCCCGAUCUGAAUUUAUAUAUUUUAUAUGCAGGUUUAGUAACCUGAGCAUUAUUGAAGGUAAUAUGGUUGUUAAUUCUGUUACGUAAUUUGUGAUUUCUAAUCAUGACUAUUCAUUAAUUUCACAAUGCACUCUAUAUCAGUUUUGUAUUAGCUGAAAGCCAGUAUCUUAACCAGAAGGAGAAUCAUGUGAUCAUGUGUAUGAGGUCUGUUUAUUUUUGAAAAGACUUUACAGUGUCUCUGUUGUAUUGUAUGUAGUGUAUGUUCACCCUUACUGCACAAUAAUACCUUUAUUACAGACAAUAAAAUGUAGCCUAAUCAAUUAAUGCAGUGAUUAAUGUUAACUACGACAUUAAUUAAUGUAAUUAAAGCAAUGUCAAGUAUACCGUAACUUCUCUCAGGAACUUGUUUAUCACUGUGGAAGGGAAAUCAGACCCUCUAUUUCACUCCAGUUUAAGACUGGCAUGAGGAUUCAUCUAAGGUGAAUGUUGUAUGCAUCAUAAACAAUUAAACGGUUUUAUGUUAGGGAGAGUUCACAUGUCCACCCUCUCAGUUCUACUGGUGAUGCUGCUGAUUGUUAUGCUAUUGGGCAUUUUCAUUUGUGUCAAAAGGAGAAGAUGCACCGCCUCGUAGACAUUGUCAUAACUUGCCAACUUUGAUGCAAAAGUGUCAGAAGAAAUUAACCUGUCUUCAGAUUCUGAGACCAAUAAAAUGACUGCCCACACUAUUAUUAUUGCAGUAUUACAGAUGAAGGAUCUUAAUUUGAGCCAGUUUGCUACAGCAGGAAAACAAUCCUGCAGCAACAGCAAAUGAGAAUUAUUAUGUGGAUUACUUUUGAAGGGGUUGAUACAGUUUUUGUCAAGGUAGUCUGAAAUUUCAAAGUGGAAAAUACAACUUUCAGAAUACUUUUUAAACCUCAAACCUUCACCUGAAACAGGGUGAUCAAAUGAAGAUCCUACAUCUGUAUUGCUGACACAAAAUGUGCAAAAGAUUUUGUUAUUGUCGGUCGAUUUCCCAGCCCCUCAACAAAUUACUAUGAAGGUUCAGGUUGUGGAGACUGUUGACAAUUAUAAAUAUCUGGGCAUUCGUCCAAAUCUGCAUUUAUAUAAAUUCAGCAAAAAAAUAAACGUCCUCUCAAUGUCAA